GAGUGACACACGGCGGGAGGUGAGUGCCGGUACCGGGAGGGCUCACCCAAGCAUUCAGAAUGAAGGUCAACACCUGUGAGAUUUCCUGGCAUAACCGCGAGCCCGUCUAUAGUGUUGAUUUCCAGCAUGGGACAAGUAAAGUGAAUAGAAUGGCAUCAGCGGGAGUGGACACUGCAGUGCGGAUAUGGAAGAUUGAAAAGUCAGAAGAUGGAAAAGCGCUUGUGGAGUUCUUGUCUAGCCUUGUGCGGCACACCAAAGCUGUCAACGUUGUCCGAUUCUCGCCAAAUGGUGAAGUCUUGGCCUCUGGUGGGGACGAUGCUGUAAUAUUGUUAUGGAAACUGAGUGAAAGCAAGGAAAUGGAAGUGACCCCAUUCAAUGAAGAAGAGGACACUGAAAUGAACAAGGAGAACUGGACUGUGUACAAACAUUUGAGGGGUCAUCUGGAGGAUGUGUAUGACAUCUCCUGGACACAAGACAGCAACUUCAUGGUCUCUGCAUCUGUGGACAACUCCGCCAUCAUCUGGGAUGCUGUUAAAGGCCAGAAAAUGUCUAUAUUUAAUGAACACAAGAGCUACGUUCAGGGAGUGACCUGGGAUCCCCUGGGCCAGUACAUAGCGACACUGAGCUGUGACCGUGUUUUGAGGGUGUACAGAACAGAGACAAAGCGAGUGGCCUUUAAUGUCUGCAAAAUGCCGUCUAACAACGCAACUGAUGGAGAGAAUAAAAAUUACCGAAUGUUCCAUGAUGACAGCAUGAAGUCCUUUUUCAGAAGGCUGACAUUUACACCCGAUGGCUCUCUCCUCCUCACUCCAGCUGGCUGCGUUGAGGUUGGGGACUCCCUUGUUAACACAACAUAUGUCUUUUCCAGGAAUAAUCUGAAGAGACCUAUAGCUCACCUGCCCUGUCGAGAAAAAGUGACGCUUGCUGUUCGAUGCUGCCCUGUGUUCUAUGAACUGAGGCCGGAAGUGAAAGGUGAGAAUGGCGAAGCGCCUCCUCCUGGCCUGGUCUCUCAGCCUUAUCGGAUGAUCUUUGCAGUGGCCUCUGAAGAUGCUGUGCUUUUCUACGACACACAGCAGACCUACCCCUUCGGUUAUGUUUCCAAUGUGCAUUACCACACACUGAGCGACUUAUCUUGGUCCAGCGAUGGGACCUUCCUAGCUAUCGCCUCCACCGAUGGGUACUGCUCAUUUGUCACUUUUGAGGAAGGCGAGAUUGGAGUGCCACUUAAAGAGAAACCUGCUUUAAUUCUAAAGACUCCUUCCGCAGCGGAAAAAAAGAUUAGGAGGUCUCACGGUAGAAGGGUCUCUUCUCCGAUUCUCCGAGCAGGGGAGCUGACCCCAUCUGCAAGGCUGUUUGAGCAGUCCAGUCCAUGCACCCCGGUCCACAGCAAGCCCACAGCAGCCUCCACAAGCAGUAUUCUGUCAACUCCGGUGGGCAUAACCAGUAUCCCGGCUACACCUACCUCUGCGGACAAGAACAGUGGACAAAAAAGCAAAGCUGGACAUCCAAGGAGGAUUACACUUAACACUCUGGAAGCUUGGAGCAAGCCCAUCAAGCCUAGCACACCCAGCCCACGGAGAAUCGCCCUAAUCCCUGUGAAGACAAAUUCACCUAAUACACAGCUGAUCGUUCCAGUGUCCCCAGGACCCAGUAGAAUGGAGUGCAGUAGCACCGACAAUUCACCAGUUCAGGACCUGUUCUGCAGACCUCCAGAAUCCAAGCGUCUGAAAACAGAGGUUCCCCCAGUUAUUAUAGAUGAGGAAAUGCCGAGCUGUAGCAAGGAUUGCGAUGAAAUGUCGUAAAAGAAAGAAAGAGAAUCUUGCUGGACCAUGUUGAAUGUGUUAAAUGUGUACAGAACACAACGGCUGGUCACCCUACUGUGCAGCUCGCAAUGGACCGGACACGAGUUGUAACAGCACCUCUUAGUGUGCCACAUGUAUAAAUGUUGAGAACUGGCUCAACUGCACUUCUGAGGAUUUUCUGCCUUUUCAAAGUCUAAUGUUCUAAUUUUUCUAUUUA